CCCAGUCCCUGCCAGGCUCCCGCAGCCCCACCCAGGCCCCCCUUCGCCCUCCAAAGGACUCCCCGCCCCCACAGGAGCCACAGCAGGGGACAGCGGGGGCUGGACACCUCCGAGCCCCACAACCCCGCGCGGGUGCAUAUACCGCCCUGAAGGGGGGAGGGGGCUGAGGAGCCCCUACGGAGUCCCGUUCCCCCCAUAAACAGCAGCAGCAGUGGGGGGAGCUGGGUUUAGACCCCAUAGGACCCCCCCGUCCCUGUAGCGUCCAGCACGUGCCCCCCUGUGUGGGGUUGGAGGAGGCCGCUGGGGGUGCUGCCCCCUACCCCAGUACUCUGGAGCUGGAGCCACAAGGGAGAAGGCGCCGCCAACUGCUGAGCCAGGGAUAGAACCUAGGAGUUCUGACUCCCAACCCCCCCCCCAUCACCAGACUUUGCUCCCCAUCCUGAUCAUCACCAGACUUUGCUCCCCAUCCUGAUCUGUGGGGAGAACCCAGGCGUCCAGGCUCCCAGAGGGUCUGGGAAGGGCCAUGCUCAAGGAGGUGAGCGGGGCGCCAGAGCAGCACCCCCCGCCACGGCCAUGCCGUCCAACGCCCGGGCCGGCAGCCUCAAGGAUCCCGAGGUGGCCGAGCUCUUCUUCAAGGACGACCCUGAGAAGCUGUUUGUGGAUCUGCGGGAGAUCGGCCAUGGCAGCUUCGGGGCCGUCUACUUCGCACGCGACAUGCGCAACAACGAGGUGGUGGCCAUCAAGAAGAUGUCGUACAGUGGGAAGCAAUCCAAUGAGAAAUGGCAGGACAUCAUUAAGGAGGUGAAGUUCCUGCAGAAGCUACGACACCCCAACACCAUCGAGUACAAGGGCUGCUACCUGCGGGAGCACACGGCCUGGCUGGUGAUGGAGUACUGCCUGGGCUCUGCCUCAGACCUGCUGGAGGUGCACAAGAAGCCGCUGCAGGAGGUGGAGAUCGCGGCCAUCACCCAUGGGGCACUGCAGGGCCUGGCCUACCUCCACUGCCACAACAUGAUCCACAGGGACGUGAAGGCCGGGAACAUCCUGCUGACAGAGCCGGGGCAGGUGAAGCUUGGGGACUUUGGCUCGGCCUCCAUCAUCGCCCCUGCCAACUCCUUCGUGGGCACGCCGUACUGGAUGGCCCCCGAGGUGAUCCUGGCCAUGGAUGAGGGGCAGUACGACGGGAAGGUGGACGUCUGGUCGCUCGGCAUCACCUGCAUUGAGCUGGCGGAGCGCAAGCCGCCCCUCUUCAACAUGAAUGCAAUGAGUGCCUUAUACCACAUCGCCCAGAACGAGUCCCCCGGGCUGCAGUCCAGCCACUGGUCCGAGUAUUUCCGGAACUUUGUGGACUCCUGCCUGCAGAAAAUCCCCCAAGACCGGCCCACCUCAGAUGUGCUGCUCAAGCAGCACCGGUUCCUCCUGCGGGAGCGGCCCCAGACGGUGAUCAUGGACCUGAUCCAGCGCACCAAGGACGCCGUGCGGGAGCUGGACAACCUGCAGUACCGCAAGAUGAAGAAAAUCCUCUUCCAGGAGGCGCAGAACGGCCCCAGCGCCGAGGCACCCGACGAGGAGGAGGAGGUGGAGCAAUUCAUGCACCGGACGGGCACCAUCAACAGCAUGGAGAGCAGCCACUCAGUGCCCAGCAUGUCCAUCAGCGCCAGCAGCCAGAGCAGCAGCGUCAACAGCCUGGCGGACGCUUCCGAUGAGGACGAGGGAGCGGAGAUCGCCAUGAUGCAGGAGGGGGAGCACACGGUCACCUCCAACAGCUCCGUCAUCCACCGCCUGCCGGGCCAUGAUAACCUGUACGAUGAUCCGUACCAGCCGGAGAUGGAGCCCCAGAGUUCCUCGUCAGCUGCCCGGCGCCGCGCGUAUUGCCGCAAUCGGGACCAUUUUGCCACCAUCCGCACGGCCUCACUGGUGACCCGGCAGAUCCAGGAGCACGAGCAGGACUCGGCGCUGCGGGAGCAGAUGAGCGGCUACAAGCGCAUGCGGCGCCAGCACCAGAAGCAGCUCCUGGCGCUGGAGAACAAGCUGAGGGCGGAGCUGGACGAGCACCAGCUGCGGCUCGACAAGGAGCUGGAGGCCCAUCGCAGCAGCUUCAGCGCCGAGGCCGAGAAGCUGGCCAAGAAGCACCAGGCCAUCUUCGAGAAGGAGGCCAAGGCGGCGCUGGCCGAGGAGAAGAAGUUCCAGCAACACAUCCUGGGCCAGCAGAAGAAGGAGCUGAGCAACCUGCUGGAGUCCCAGAAACGCCAGUACAAGCUGCGCAAGGAACAGCUCAAGGAGGAGCUGCAGGAGAACCAGAGCACCCCGAAGCGGGAGAAGCAGGAGUGGCUGCUGCGGCAGAAGGAGAACAUGCAGCACUACCAGGCUGAGGAGGAGGCCAACCUGCUGCGGCGCCAGCGCCAGUACCUGGAGCUGCAGUGUCGCCAGUACAAGCGCAAGAUGCUGCUGGCCCGCCACAACCUCGACCAGGACCUGCUGCGUGAGGACCUGAACAAGAAGCAGACGCAGAAGGACCUGGAGUGUGCCAUGCUGCUGCGGCAGCACGAGUCGACGCAGGAGCUGGAGUUCCGGCACCUGCACACGGUGCAGCGCACCCGCACCGAGCUCACCCGCCUGCAGCACCAGACCGAGCUCAGCAACCAGCUGGAGUACAACAAGCGCCGUGAGCAGGAGCUGCGCCAGAAGCAUGCCAUGGAGGUCCGCCAGCAGCCCAAGAGCCUCAAAGUAGGUGCCGCCCGGGGGCCCCGCCCGUGCAGCCUGGGGGGCCCGCAGCCGGACGGACAGGAGGCCUGGGCUCUAGAACCGGCCCUGGGGGGCCCGCAGCUGGACGGACAGGAGGCCUGGGCUCUAGAACCGGCCCUGGGGGGCCCGCAGCCGGACGGACAGGAGGCCUGGGCUCUAGAACCGGCCCUGGGGGGCCCGCAGCCGGACGGGCAGGAUAGCUGGGGUUUAGAGCCAGACGGCGAGGAGGCAGGAGUUCUAGAGCCCGAGAGCCUGGGGGUUCUAGAGCCAGCCGGUGAUGUGGUUCUAGAGCAUGAGAGCCUGGGGGCUCUGGAGCCAGAUGGUGAGGAGGCCGAGGUUCUAGAGCGGGAGAGUCUGGAGCUUCUAGAGCCAGGCCUUGUGGCCCUAGGGGUUCUAAAGCCAGAUGGCCAGGAGGCAGAGGUUCUAGACCUGGAAGCUCUGGAGCCGGACGGGCAGGAGGCAUCCCUAGAUCCUGCCCUGGGGGCGCUAGAGCCGUCCACCCCCUGCCGUCUCCCCCGUGUGCUGCCCCUGAUCCCGGAGGAGGGGGAGGGGCUGCGGGGCCCAGCUGACGGCUGCCCUGCCCCUGAGGACCCCUAUGCGGAGCCGCGGCGCAGCUGGGAGGAGGGAGCCCGGCUAGCGCCGGCCCCCUUGGCAGUCCUGCUGCCCCACGCCGUGUGCGUGGGGCUGGCGCUGCUGGUGGCCGCCUACCCCAGUGGGCCAGCGCUGCUGCUGCUCCUGGCGGCACUGUGGGCCCAGGGCUCGGGUGGCGGGGCCCAGGCGCUGCUGUUGGCCCUGGAGGGGGCGCUGGUGGGGCUGGGCGUCUCCUACGCCCUGCUGCACUCGCUCUUCCUGCUCUCGGGCGCCUCCUUCCUAACCCUGGCCAAGGGGGCAGGGGCGCUGGGCGUGCUGGGGCUGAGUGCCAGGCGGGGCCGGCUCUAUGUGCCCGUCAUCCUACUGGCCUCCCACCUGCUGGCCUCGCCCUGGCUCUUCCUGCCACUCUACCUGCUGAUGGCGCUGGCCCGGCGCGCCCUGCGGGGGCUGCCCCACUGCGCUCGCCGCCUCUGGCUGCACACCCUGCUGGGCCUGCCCCAGCCCGCCUUCCGCGCCCUGCAGGCCCUGGGGCUGGUCACAGAGGGCGGCCUCUUCCGUCUCUUCCCCAAGACCAACAAGGGCGGCUUUCGCAGCCGGCUGCCCGUGCCUGGCCCCCGCCUGCCUGCCCCGCCGGCCUGGCCCCGCCGCACCCUGGCCCUGCUGGCCCGGCCCGUGCGUGCCCUCAACCGGCGCCUGCUGCAGCUGGCACGGGAGCUGAGCACCCGCCUGCCCCCAGCUGCCCUGCACCACCUCAAGGGCCUGCGGGUGCUGCGGGAGGAGCGGCCCAGCCGCAUCCCCCGGCUGGUGGGCAGGGGGUGCCGCCGGAGGGCUGGCCCCAUGGCCCAGGGGGGCCGGGCUGCCUCCAGCAGGGAACGCCGCAGCACCCCUGGGGACCCCCGGGCAGCCCGGCGGCCCUGGAGGUGAGGCCCUCCCCCCCACACACUUGUUCUUGGCUUGGGAACCAGCCAUGCCCCUGUGCCGCCCAGUGAUUGACAGCGUGAACAAGCCCCUCCCCUCUUCCUGGUUCGGUUGGGGGGGCUGUGAGAGAGGGGCUCCUCUUCCUCCCCUCUAUACUGGGAUCCAUCCCACCCCUCCCAUCUGAAUGUGGGGGUGGGGCAGCUCCGUUGUCCUUCCCCAGCCCCCCCCCCCCCCACCAGAGCACAGGCUGGGGGCGAGCCCCAGGCCUCCCCAAAAUCCACAGCAGGGUGUCCCGUUCUACUGGGCUUCUCUGGGCAUGCCCUAUCUGAGUGCUCCCAUGGCCCAGCGGAGGGGGAUGUGACCCCGAAGGCAGACGGCUCCCAUGGCCCAGCAGCAGGGAUAACCCCCCAAGAUACUGGGGUCACAUGUUUUGCCAAGGGGGUUGAAGGGGACUGAACCCCAUUCUGGGUGCUCUGUGUAGGGGUCCAGGGCUGGAGGGCACAGCUGCAGUGUCUGCUAUGGAGGAAAGAAUCACCUAACCCUUGCCCCCUCAGGAGUCAGCGGGGGUGCAGUGGGGGGGCCUGGAGGGAAGGGCAGUAGUUGGGUGGUUGAAGGGAGGACUGGGGGGGGGAUGUGAUCCCUUCACCCAGGAGUGCUGCUAUCGGGGCCAGGGGCUUGUAUCUGUCUCUGAGCCGGGGGCCACAGCCCCCCGCAAACGCUAUCCAAGCCCCUAGGGGAGGGGCUCAAUUCUCUGCUAGUCGCAGGCCCCACAACACUAUCCACCCCCUCAGAAAUAGAGGGGGGCUCCCAUCCGACCACAGAUGCCAGGGGAAGGUGCGUUUCCGCUCCCAGCUCCAAGGGGUGGCCCUAGGUGAUUCUUUCCCCGGAGACGGCUUUGUUUUCCCCAUCUCUGUAACCCCCACCCCCCUCGGGGGAGACUUGAACAUAUUUAUUUGCAGAUGCCUUUACGUUUUGUGUGUGUGCGUUUUUUUAUGUAAGUGAUCAAGCACAUUAUUUUUUGUUUGUUUUGGGGUAAAUCUGUGAUAUUUCUUUUUUUAUUUGACUGAAAACAGGAGAAAUAAAAUAAAAAUAAUCACAGAUUUCCCAAAAAUGGGAGAGUCUAAAUCUUCUUUUGUGUUAAAUUAAUUUCUUAUCAAUUGCUUGGGGGAAGGUGAAACCUUUGCUUUCCUUCAAACCCUUUCCCCCGCGGUUUUUGGCAACCCUUGGGUAUCAUUGAUUUCAUUUGCCGCAGUUUUAGAAAAUCUCAUUGGUGUUUUUGUGGAGCGCCUUUAUUUAUCGCACUUGUCGAAGUGAAUCUGGGAUGAGUUUUCUUCCUGUUUGAGGCCAAUGAUGAAUAUUUAUAUUUGCUCCAGUUUAUGAAAUUUAGGGUUCUAUUUUCUUUUAGUCCCUUUAGUCUUAUUUCUUUACUUCUGUUUCUGAGGCAAAUAGUUUUUUGUCCUCAUUAGAAUUUAAUUUCCCUCCUGCCCUUAGAGAAUUUAGAAAUCCCCCCACCCCAUUCAGUAAAUUCAGCAACUUUCUUUGUUUCCCCCUGUUUUGGGCCUAAAUCUAUGAUUAUUUUUAUUCUAUUUACCCUGGGUUUUGCUCAACCUGGUUUUUUUUUAAGUUUGUUCCAUUUUGGGGAAAGUUGCAUUUCACCAGCAUUUGUGUUUUUAAAUCUCAUUUGUCCAAGGUUUGAUCUAGCACUUUAAUAUCUGGGGGGGUUAUUUUCUCCUAUUUUCAGUAGAGCUAUGAUUCCUUGAGUUGAAACCCGGGGGGGAGAGGGGGGAGUCAUUUCUUUUAGAUCAGCUAGUCUGACCCAUAUGUCCAAGGAAAGCAAAUUUCAGCAGUCCCAGUCCCUAUUUCAGAAAAAAAGUCCGUUGUAUUUGUUUUCUAGUUCAACUAGGAAUUAAUUCAGGGCAGCUUGAUGGAGAUCAGACAAGAUGCUCACAAGAGUCUCCUCCAGGCUGCAAAUCUAUUCAUCUUAUUGCUUGGUUUUGUUGAUGUAUUUUCCCUGGCUCUCUCCAGCCUUUUACCAACAUUGUAAUUUUUUAAUUUAAUUUCCCCCAGGUUUGGUCCAUGUUAUUGAUUUGUAUUUGCCCGUUUUUCUACAAGAGCAAUGGGUUUGUAUUUCAUUUGCUGCUUUGGUAGCCCAGUUUCCGGUCAGUGUAAAAGUAGGAGCAGGAUUGGCCCAGAUUUGAAGCCAUAAUCUAACCCUGACCAUGUUACUAAACUUGGCCAAACAUUGAAGUGAUCGGAUUUUACCAAUUUGGGGCACAUUUCUCCCAGCUCUGGGCCCCAGGUGGGUGACCUCUAAUGACUUUUAGUUGAUUUUUAUCAGUUUGUGAGCAAACCAUUGGUGCAAAGCUCUCCAUUUUCGGAUGAUUUCUCUCUGGUUUUGACCAGGGAAUUGGUGCCGUGGGAUAUUUUCAGCUGAUCUGAGGGUAGCUUUUCCCAGCUUUUGGGGCAGCCUGUUGCUUUUUGCCUGGGGUUGGCCCAUGGUGUCCUUGGCGGCGGCAGCGCCUCCCCCAGCUGUCCGAUGGCUCCCGGGUUUGGGGACUGUUUAUCCCCCCACCCCGCCUGUGUGCGUGCCAUACAUUCACUUCUUACAUUUUGGCUUCCUCUGAAUUUGGUUUGACGCAUGAUGAUUUUGGUUCCUUUCCACUUUCAAUAAAGGCCGUCCCCUUGCAGGGCGCUCUGA